UAGUAUCGCGAGAGCUCGCGGGAGGCGCGCGGCUCCCAGCAGCCGCACUUCCCCGUCGGCGGCGGCGGCGUAGUGCGCAGGCGCGGCGGGCGGGUUUCCCGGGGCUACAGCCGGCGCCGUCGCCGUCGCCCGCUCGUCGGCCGCCCGGCGCCAUGGCGGGCUGCGCGGCGCGGGCUCCGCCGGGCUCCGAGGCGCGCCUCAGCCUCGCCACUUUCCUGCUGGGCGCCUCGGUGCUCGCGCUGCCGCUGCUGACGCGCGCCGGCCUGCAGGGCCGCACCGGGCUGGCGCUCUACGUGGCCGGGCUCAACGCGCUGCUGCUGCUGCUCUACCGGCCGCCGCGGUACCAGAUAGCCAUCCGAGCUUGUUUCCUUGGCUUUGUGUUCGGCUGCGGCGUGCUGCUAAGUUUCAGCCAUUCUUCUUGGAAUCACUUUGGCUGGUACAUGUGCUCCUUGUCGCUGUUCCAUUUUUCGGAGUACUUAGUCACAGCAGUCAAUAACCCCAAAAGCCUGUCCCUGGAUUCCUUUCUCCUGAAUCACAGUCUGGAGUACACAGUAGCUGCUCUUUCUUCUUGGAUAGAGUUCACACUAGAAAAUAUCUUUUGGCCAGAACUGAAGCAGGUCACCUGGCUCAGUGCCAUGGGGCUGCUGAUGGUGGUCUUUGGAGAAUGUCUGAGGAAAGCGGCGAUGUUCACAGCUGGCUCCAAUUUCAACCACGUGGUGCAGAAUGAGAAAUCAGAAACCCACACUCUGGUGACAAGUGGAGUGUACGCUUGGUUCCGGCACCCUUCCUAUGUUGGGUGGUUUUACUGGAGUAUUGGAACCCAGGUGAUGCUGUGUAAUCCCAUCUGUGGCAUUGGCUACGCUCUGACAGUGUGGCGAUUCUUCCGAGAUCGAACAGAAGAAGAGGAGAUCUCGUUAAUUCACUUUUUUGGAGAGGAGUACCUGGAGUAUAAGAAGCGGGUGCCCACGGGGCUGCCUUUUAUAAAAGGGGUCAAGGUCGAGCUAUAACACAGCUGGAGCGGGCCAGGCCGGACCCAGAGGCCUCACACUGCACAUGGCCUGGGCCAUGGCUGCCCCCCUGUCAGCCGCUCUGCAGAAUGGAUUUUCUGAACCAUUUUAUAUGUCACCAAUUACUCUUCUGGAAUAUCACUCGAGACCAGUGGUCAGAAGGCCUUAGGACCAAAGGACCCACACCCUAGAGCAAUCUGUUCUUGGGCUGAAUCAAGGUAGGACACAGAUUGAAGAUGGACAAGGAGCAAAUAACAGCAAUAUUCGACAUUGACCCCCUAGAAGGGCCCUGGUGACAGCCCAGGCUGCGCAGCAUCCCCCACGAGGCAUUUAGUGUAACGAGGACCCCUUGGGAGUGGUGGGCUCGCUCAUCCCUGAGUGAGGCUUCUUUGGCAGGAAGGGGUAUGUGGGCAGCAGUGCUUAGUGUUAGAAAUACAUUCAGAAUCCUUAACCGAACAACACAGACAGCACAGCGCUGACCUCCUUAUUCCUGUGCUUACGUGCAUGAGCAUCUAUACAGUUUUAAAGAUGAUUCUUUAUAAGGCACUUUGGCUCUUAAUAUAUUUAAUCGUAUUUACAUAUCUAUUUUUUAUAAAUAGCGGUAUAAAUUUCAAGGGGGCUUAGUGUUUCAAGCCCCAGCUUUUAUUUGGCAGAAAGGCAGCAUGGACACCUCCGGAUGCUUUGGCUGAGUGGCUUUGUGUUAACAAGGGCACCCCAAGCCAGGGAGACUGUGGGCCCCUGUGGCUUUCCCCAGGGUCCUGGCUCCUGCUCUUUUCCCAAGAGGGGGCUGUUAUCCGUGACAGGCAUGUUGGAAGAUGUGACAUUUUUCCUUUAUCCAAGAAAUGCUAACUGAACCCCGGCUCUGUGUAAGGCCUUGUUAACCAUUGGGAAGUAUUACUCUCCGUUUAUUUGGGGUUUUAGUCUUACUGCAUCACAGCUUAUAUUUUUGUGUUUCCAUUGAAAUCUCUUAACUAUUGAUUUCUAUAUUCUGUUCUCAAAAUUCCACCAACUCUAAUGCCAUGACAGACUGUUCGAGCAUAUAUAACUAUACAAUUCAAGCAAGUCAGCUCACAAAAGUCUUAAAUAGAACAAAUGAUCCCAACUGAGAAUUAGUAUUUUUGUUUUUCAAGUUUGGGGAGAGUGGUUGGCUUUAACUGCAUCAGCUUUAAGACCCUGGUUUAAUUCUGGACAAGAGAGGGCCUUGGUCUCAGCACGAAAUCCUUCCUGCAGUUGGCAGUAGCCGCUACCGAGAGCCGAGAGCUGCCCGGUGGCCACGCCAUGCCCAGCGGCCAUGCCCGGCGGCUUCAAGGAGCCACUUAACCUUUCUGUGCCUAGACUCCCCAUCUGUAGAAUGGGGUCGAUACCACCUACCUCAUAGGGGUGUUGUGAAAACUUAGAAGAACAACGGCAGACGUUUCUGAUCCUUAGAUAGGAGAGAUGGCGUAAAUGGAAUCUGCACCGCACGAGAUGGCGCAGAGGCGGACCCGGUCGGCCGCACCAGACGCUGGAGCUGUGUGUUCAGAAGAGCGUGUUACCAACUCAGAAGUAGUACUGACUUCUAGAUUCCAUGGCCUAAUUAAUUUUUUCAUUAUUAUAUAUACCAAAGAGGUUUACGGGUUUGUUGAUUCCUGGGAUGCCACUCUCCUGGUGUGAGUGGACCCUGCCAUCAGCCCUCGAGAGGGCCUUGCAGCCAGGCCGGCCGAGGCCGCUGCUGGAGCUCUCAGCAGCCGGUCCCUCUGGCACGAACACUCCCCAGUGGGACGUCGACAUGCUCUUACUCUGGGAACUUGAGUCGAAUACAUUCUGGCUUGCUCUCCAGACCACGCUUAGUAAAGUCUACGCCACUCCUCGGGACUGCGGACUGGAGGAGGGUGUGUCUGGGGCGCCGGGAGCCGUCCCUACCUUCUUGAGGGAAAGUUCUGUGCUGCGUCUAACAGGAUUGGACCCAGCGUUCAUUCCCCCCAGGGGCGGGGCGGGGCGGGGGGCACUGUGAAGUGGUGUUUAAUAGAUGGAGAACAGCUCCUGACAGCCCCUAG